AUGAAACAGGCUCUUCUUGCAAAGAGAAAAAAGUUUGAGAUGAACACAAAAGCUACUAUCAAAAUCACUAAUGAAAAACUUGAUAGUGUUUGGAAAACACACCAAGAACAAAGGCAGAAUCUUUAUCUCAAAUAUGCUCAGCAGUUUCAGACUUUGUUUCGGGAGUGGGAUUUAGACAUGAAGAAAGCCCAGGAACAAGAAGAAAAACUAGCUCGUAUGUUUCGAGAGCAACGAAAUGUUCUUCAACAAGCUAGACUUCUUCAGAGCCAGAGGCUGAAAAAAAUUAAAAAUUCAUAUGAGCAAUUCCUGAAGCAUAUGGAGGAGUUAGAGAAGGAUCACGAACAUUUUCUGAAUGAUGAGCAAAGUGAAAUUCGACAAGGAAUGGCCAUGCUGCAAGACAAAAUUAUCGUUGAAGCUGCUUGGAGGAUGCUUGGACACGUGGAGCUGAUGUCCGGCCCAGGGCCGUGA